UAACAUCUUUCCUUCUUCUGCUUUACCUCUUCCUCGUCCUCUCCCUCUAAUUACUGGCGUCCAUUCAUCAAAGUCCAUAUUGUCCUCCUGUGUGUCCAUUCUGAACCAUUCACAUACCAGUUUAUGUCUCUUACCGCCACUUGCAAAAUUUAAUAAUCUCUCAGCAUCUAUCUGCUCGAUACUGUUAUGAAAAUUCAGUCCAUAUUCCGGUGAAUUUUGUUCAUUUAGCGUUAAGUAGCCUGGCGAGUUCACAGUCCGACUCCUCUUUUCUGGCUCUAUGAUCGCCACCGUAUCUCGUAGCUCGCGAGCAAGGUGGUUGUUUCCUUCUUCUUGGGUCCACCAUUGUCCUCCUGCUGUCAUCAUGAUGAAAUGGGAGGAGCGCAGGAACACACACCAGCGUGCACACAGGCCGCCUCGGCCCCCAGAUGAAGCAUGACGGGCGACAGCGAGACAAAGCCAGGUGACCCGGGCCAGCAUGACAGGUACCGGCAGCCGUUCCUGAUCGGUGUGUCCGGCGGCACGGCCAGCGGCAAGUCAUCAGUGUGCAACAAAAUCAUGGAGCUGCUGGGACAGAACGAGAUUGACCAUCAUCAGCGCCAAGUGGCAAUCCUCAGCCAGGACAGCUUCUACAAGGUCCUGACCCCAGAGCAGAAGGCCAAGGCACUCAAGGGCCAGUUCAACUUUGACCACCCAGAUGCAUUUGACAAUGAUCUUAUAAUCACCACUCUGUGGGACAUCAAGGAGGGAAAAACGGUCCACAUCCCUGUUUAUGAUUUUGUCUCCCAUUCCAGGAAGGAAGAGACGGUGACGGUGUACCCUGCAGAUGUGGUGCUGUUUGAAGGCAUCCUGAUGUUCUACUCUCAGGAGAUUCGAGACCUUUUCCAAAUGAAACUGUUUGUGGAUACAGAUGCAGACACACGGCUUUCACGCAGAGUGCUGCGGGACAUAAGUGAACGCGGCCGGGACUUGGAGAGCGUUCUAGCCCAGUACAUCAACUUUGUGAAGCCUGCGUUUGAGGAGUUCUGCCUGCCAACCAAGAAGUAUGCAGACGUGAUAAUACCAAGAGGAGUUGAUAACACUGUUGCCAUAAACCUGAUCGUCCAGCACAUCCAGGACAUCCUGAAUGGCGGCCUGACCAAACGACUCAACGGGUGGAUCAGCGGGUACGGAUUCAUGAAGCAGCAGCCCAACGUGGAGUCGAGCAGUCGGCCCCACUGACCUGAUGAAACAGUAGCAUACAGGUGCUCUACAACGCUGGUGGCAACGUGAGGAUCAGCAGCUAGAAGCUGUAAAUGUCUUCCAGUGAUCUGGUUCUGCCCAGACUGAGGAAAUCUGUAUAAACGGGGAACUUGAUUCAAGCUUAUCUUUUCAGUUCUAGUUUCCUUCUUUAGCUUAUCCUCCACACAGGAGGAUCCCACGUGUUUACUUUCAGCCAAAGCUGAUUGUCUUUACAACAGAACCUACACUCAGCAACAGUACAACGGGGAUUUUAGUUUAUUUUUUUACUGAAAUCCUUCUGGGAAACAAAACUUUUCAUAUAUGAGAGUUAGAAAUUAAAUGAUUUGGGAUUAUUGCUGUUUUUGUGCUGUUGUCCUCAGCUGUAUCUGCUUUGUUUUUUCUCUUUAAAAUCAGUUUUGAGACAAGUUAAAGAACCAGUUUCAACCUCAGGUCCUCUGAUUUAAACAGUGUCAUAAUGUCUGAAAUGCAUGUUUUUGUCCUCACUUUAUGGACCAGCUGCAGAUGUUUAGUUAAAUGUGAUCUGGACUUAUUUACUAAAUGUUACAGAGGAGUUAAUUCUCAUUUUUACAGUGUUAUUUCUCUUUGCUCCCAUACUCUGAUGCAGUCAGACGCUUUCUUUAAAGAAUAGGUACACUACCAUGUAGUCACUGAGUUCAAUAUGUCUAAAAGUUGCUUUAAAUUUUCUAGUUCUUAUUUUUGUAUUAUUUUUUGUCUUUAAAAACUUCUCAGGUACUCUGCUGUUCCAUCUGUUAAGGCUGAUUUGUGUUGUUUUAUGUUAAACUGAGAGUAAAAAUGUCAUGUCGUAUUAAAGCUCUCACUUUUUCACAAACAUUA